GAAGCCCUCCUCCAGCUGGGAGGCAUCCUCCUCUCAGGGCGGAGGGCCCAGCGCCAGCACCGCGUCUUCUCUGUCGCUUGGCUGCAACUUGCUUUCUCUAAGAGCCAUGCUUCGAGUGAUUGUGGAAUCUGCCAUUAACAUCCCUAAAACGAAAUUUGGGAAACCGGAUCCUAUCGUUUCUGUCAUUUUUAAGGAUGAGAAGAAGAAAACAAAGAAAGUUGAUAAUGAACUCAACCCUGUCUGGAAUGAGAUUCUGGAAUUUGACCUCAAGGGGAUACCACUGGACUCGUCAUCUUCCCUUGUGAUUGUUGUCAAAGAUUUUGAGACAAUUGGACAAAAUAAAUUAAUUGGCACAGCAACUGUCUCCCUGAAGGACUUGAUUGGGGACCAGAACAGAUCUUUGCCCUACAAACAGACCUCCCUGCUAAAUGAAAAAGGACAAGACACUGGGGCUACCAUUGACCUGGUGAUCGGAUACACCCCACCUUCAGCUCCGCAUCCAAACGAGCAGAGCGGGACCGUUGUGCCAGGCAUGGGAGAAGAAGAAGAAGAUCAGGGAGAUGAAGACCGAGUAGAUGCCAUGGUCAGGGGCCCUGGACCCAAGGGGACAUCUGGGACAGUAUCAGAGGCUCAGCUGGCCCGGAGGAUCACCAAAGGAAAGAAUAGCCGGAGGAUGGUGUCCAACAAGCCGCAGGAUUUCCAGAUCCGUGUCAGAGUGAUUGAGGGCCGACAGUUAUGCGGCAACAACAUAAGGCCUGUGGUGAAAGUUCACAUCUGUGGUCAGACACACCGAACAAGAAUCAAGAGAGGGAACAAUCCAUUUUUUGAUGAGUUAUUUUUCUACAAUGUGCACAUCACACCUUCUGAACUCAUGGAUGAGAUCAUCAGCAUCCGGGUUUAUAAUUCCCAUUCAUUGAGGGCAGAUUGCCUGAUGGGAGAAUUUAAGAUUGAUGUUGGAUUUGUUUAUGAUGAACCUGGCCAUGCUAUCAUGAGGAAGUGGCUUCUUCUCAAUGACCCAGAAGAUGCCAGCUCAGGUGCAAAAGGUUACAUGAAAGUCAGCAUGUUUGUCCUGGGAACCGGAGAUGAACCACCUCCUGAGAAACGAGACCGUGAGAAUGACAGUGAUGACGUGGAGAGCAACUUGUUGCUUCCCGCUGGCAUCGCCCUCCGGUGGGUGACCUUCCUGCUGAAGAUCUACCGAGCCGAGGACAUUCCCCAGAUGGAUGAUGCCUUCUCACAAACAGUGAAGGAAAUAUUUGGUGGCACUGCAGACAAGAAAAAUCUCGUGGACCCUUUUGUAGAAGUCUCCUUUGCUGGGAAAAAGGUUUGCACAAAUAUAAUUGAGAAAAAUGCAAACCCUGAAUGGAAUCAAGUUGUCAAUCUUCAGAUCAAGUUUCCCUCCAUGUGUGAAAAAAUAAAGCUAACAGUAUAUGACUGGGACCGGCUUACCAAAAAUGAUGUAGUUGGGACAACGUACCUGUACCUCUCUAAGAUCGCUGCCUCUGGGGGAGAAGUAGAAGAUUUCUCAUCUUCGGGAACUGGGGCUGCAUCGUAUACAGCAAACACAGGAGAGACAGAGGUGGGCUUUGUCCCAACAUUUGGACCUUGCUACUUGAAUCUUUAUGGAAGCCCCAGAGAGUACACAGGAUUCCCUGAUCCCUAUGACGAGCUGAAUACAGGAAAGGGAGAAGGGGUAGCCUACAGAGGCAGGAUCUUGGUUGAACUGAGCACUUUCCUUGAAAAGAAACCACCAGAAAAGAAGCUUGAGCCCAUUUCAAGUGAUGACCUUCUGGUUGUCGAGAAAUACCAGAGAAGGCGGAAGUACAGCCUGUCUGCCGUGUUCCAUUCAGCCACCAUGUUGCAAGACGUUGGCGAAGCCAUUCAGUUUGAAGUCAGCAUUGGUAACUAUGGCAACAAGUUUGAUGCGACCUGUAAACCUUUGGCAUCGACAACUCAAUACAGCCGUGCAGUAUUUGAUGGGAACUACUACUACUACUUACCUUGGGCCCACACAAAGCCCGUGGUCACCCUGACUUCCUACUGGGAGGACAUUAGUCAUCGCCUGGAUGCAGUGAACACUCUCCUAGUCAUGGCAGAACGGCUGCAAUCAAACAUAGAGGCUGUAAAAUCAGGAAUCCAAGGGAAAAUUCCUGCAAACCAGUUGGCUGAGCUGUGGCUGAAGUUGAUAGACGAAGUUAUAGAAGACACGAGAUACACCUUGCCUGUCACAGAAGGAAAAGCCAAUGUCACAAUUCUGGAUACUCAGAUCCGAAAGUUGCGGUCCAGGUUUCUCUCGCAGAUACAUGAGGCAGCUGUGAGGAUGAGAUCUGAAGCCACGGAUGUGAAAUCCACCUUGUUGGAAAUCGAGGACUGGCUUGACAAAUUAAUGCAGCUUACAGAAGAGCCUCAAAACAGUAUGCCUGACAUCAUCAUCUGGAUGAUCCGUGGAGAGAAAAGACUGGCUUAUGCACGAAUUCCUGCCCAUCAAGUCUUAUACUCCACCAGUGGUGGGAACGCGUCUGGGAAGUACUGUGGGAAAACCCAAACCAUCUUUCUGAAGUAUCCACAAGAAAAAAACAAUGGCCCCAAAGUGCCUGUGGAGUUGCGAGUGAAUAUCUGGCUGGGUUUAAGUACUGUGGAGAAGAAGUUCAAUAGCUUCGCAGAAGGCACAUUCACCGUCUUCGCUGAAAUGUAUGAAAACCAAGCCCUCAUGUUCGGGAAGUGGGGCACCUCUGGACUGGUGGGACGCCAUAAAUUCUCUGACGUCACGGGAAAAAUCAAACUCAAAAGAGAAUUCUUUUUGCCUCCCAAAGGCUGGGAGUGGGAAGGAGACUGGGUGGUUGACCCUGAAAGAAGCCUCCUGACUGAGGCUGACGCGGGUCACACGGAGUUCACUGAUGAGGUCUACCAGAAUGAGACCCGCUAUCCCGGAGGCGAGUGGAAGCCGGCCGAGGACACCUACACGGAUGCGAAUGGAGAUAAGGCAGCGUCACCCAGCGAGUUGACUUGCCCUCCAGGUUGGGAGUGGGAAGACGACGCAUGGAUAUAUGACAUAAACCGAGCAGUGGAUGAGAGAGGAUGGGAGUAUGGAAUUAGCAUUCCUCCUGAUAAUAAGCCCAAAUCCUGGGUCGCUGCAGAGAAAAUGUACCACACUCACAGACGGCGGAGACUGGUCCGAAGACGCAAGAAAGAUUUGACACAGACGGCUUCUAGUACCGCAAGGGCCAUGGAAGAACUUGAAGACAGGGAGGGCUGGGAAUAUGCUUCGUUAAUUGGCUGGAAAUUCCACUGGAAACAGCGCAGUUCCGACACCUUUCGCCGCAGGCGCUGGAGGAGAAAAAUGGCUCCUUCAGAGACACACGGUGCAGCUGCCAUCUUUAAACUUGAAGGUGCCCUCGGGGCAGACACCACAGAGGAUGGAGAUGAGAAGAGCAUGGACAAGCAGAAGCAUAGUGCCACCACUGUGUUCGGAGCAAACACACCCAUUGUUUCCUGUAAUUUUGACAGAGUCUACAUCUACCACCUGCGCUGCUACAUUUAUCAAGCCAGGAACCUCAUGGCUUUGGACAAAGACAGCUUUUCAGAUCCGUACGCUCACGUCUCCUUUCUCCAUCGAAGCAAAACCACAGAGAUCAUCCACUCCACCCUGAAUCCCACCUGGGACCAAACCAUCAUAUUUGAUGAGGUUGAAAUCUUUGGGGAACCCCAAACGGUUCUACAGAACCCGCCCAAAGUGAUCAUAGAGCUUUUUGACAAUGACCAAGUGGGCAAAGAUGAAUUUUUAGGUCGAAGCGUUUGCUCUCCUCUGGUGAAACUGAACUCAGAGAUAGACGUCACACCAAAGCUUCUCUGGCACCCAGUUAUGAAUGGAGACAAGGCCUGUGGGGAUGUCCUUGUAACAGCAGAGCUCAUCCUGAGGAACAAGGACGGCUCCAAUCUUCCCAUUCUUCCCUCUCAGAGAGCACCAAACUUAUACAUGGUCCCUCAGGGGAUCAGGCCUGUGGUUCAGCUCACUGCUAUUGAGAUUCUAGCCUGGGGCUUAAGAAAUAUGAAAAACUACCAGAUGGCUUCUAUCACGUCCCCCAGUCUCGUGGUGGAGUGUGGCGGGGAAAGAGUAGAGUCAGUGGUGAUCAAGAACCUUAAGAAGACACCCAACUUCCCGAGUUCUGUUCUCUUCAUGAAAGUGUUCUUACCCAAGGAAGAACUGUACAUGCCUCCGCUGGUGAUCAAGGUCAUUGACCACAGGCAGUUUGGGCGGAAGCCUGUGGUCGGCCAGUGCACCAUUGACCACCUGGACCGCUUUCGCUGUGAUCCAUACGCAGGAAAGGAGGACAUUGUGCCCCAGCUAAAAGCCUCCCUCAUGUCUGCACCCCCAUGCCGGGAUGUCAUUAUUGAAAUAGAAGACAGCAAACCAUUGUUGGCUUCUAAGCUAUCAGAAAAGGAGGAAGAAAUCGUUGACUGGUGGAGUAAAUUUUAUGCUUCCACAGGGGAGCAUGAAAAAUGUGGACAGUAUAUUCAGAAAGGCUAUUCCAAACUCAAGAUCUAUGACUGUGAACUGGAGGAUGUGGCCGACUUUGAAGGCCUGACCGAUUUCUCAGACACCUUCAAGUUGUACAGAGGCAAGUCCGAUGAGAAUGAAGACCCAUCUGUGGUAGGAGAGUUUAAAGGCUCCUUCCGAAUCUACCCGCUGCCCGAUGACCCCAGUGUGCUGGCCCCUCCCAGGCAGUUUCGGGAAUUGCCUGACAGUGUCCCACAGGAAUGCACGGUUAGGAUUUACAUUGUUCAAGGCUUAGAACUCCAGCCCCAGGACAACAAUGGCAUGUGUGAUCCUUACAUAAAAAUAACCCUGGGCAAAAAAGUAAUUGAAGACCGAGACCACUACAUUCCCAACACUCUCAACCCAGUGUUCGGCAGAAUGUAUGAGCUGAGCUGCUACUUGCCACAAGAGAAAGACCUGAAAAUCUCUGUCUACGAUUAUGACACCUUCACCCGAGAUGAGAAGGUGGGAGAAACCAUCAUUGACUUGGAGAACCGCUUCCUUUCCCGGUUCGGCUCCCACUGCGGCAUUCCCGAGCAGUACUGUGUUUCUGGAGUAAACACCUGGCGAGAUCAGCUGAGACCAACACAAUUGCUGCAGAAUGUAGCCAGAUUCAAAGGCUUCCCACCACCAGUGCUUUCAGAAGAUGGAAGCAGAAUCAGAUACGGAGGACGAGAUUACCAUCUGGAUGACUUUGAAGCCAACAAAAUCCUGCACCAGCACCUUGGGGCCCCUGAAGAGCGUCUUGCCUUGCAUAUUCUCAGGACCCAGGGACUGGUCCCUGAGCAUGUGGAGACAAGAACUUUGCACAGCACCUUCCAGCCCAACAUUUCCCAGGGAAAACUUCAGAUGUGGGUGGAUGUCUUCCCCAAGAGCUUAGGACCACCAGGCCCCCCUUUCAACAUCACUCCCAGGAAAGCCAAGAAGUACUACCUGCGUGUGAUCAUCUGGAACACCAAGGAUGUUAUCCUGGAUGAGAAGAGCAUCACCGGCGAGGACAUGAGUGACAUCUAUGUCAAAGGCUGGAUUUCCGGCAGCGAAGAAAACAAACAGAAAACAGAUGUCCACUACAGGUCCUUGGACGGCGAAGGCAAUUUUAACUGGAGAUUUGUUUUCCCAUUUGACUACCUCCCCGCUGAGCAGCUCUGUAUAGUCUCUAAAAAAGAGCAUUUCUGGAGUAUUGACCAAACAGAAUUCCGAGUGCCCCCUCGACUGAUUAUUCAGAUAUGGGACAAUGACAAGUUUUCCCUGGAUGACUACUUAGGUUUUCUGGAACUUGACUUGCAUCACACGAUCAUGCCAGCCAAGUCGUCGGAGAAGUGCAAUUUGGACAUGAUUCCAGACCUCAAAGCCAUGGACCCUCUUAAAGCUAAGACUGCCUCGCUCUUUGAGCAGAAGUCCAUGAAAGGAUGGUGGCCAUGCUAUGCAGACAAAGAUGGCUCCCGUGUGAUGGCUGGGAAAGUGGAGAUGACACUAGAGGUCCUCAACGAGAGAGAGGUAGACGAGAGACCAGCCGGGAAAGGGCGGAGCGAACCCAACAUGAACCCCAAGCUUGACCCACCAAACCGGCCGGAAACGUCCUUCCUCUGGUUCACAAACCCGUGCAAGACCAUGCGCUUCAUCGUGUGGCGCCGGUUCAAGUGGGUGAUCAUCGGUCUGCUUCUGCUGUUCAUCCUGCUGCUCUUCGUGGCUGUGCUGCUGUACUCACUGCCGAACUAUUUAUCAAUGAAGAUCGUGAGGCCAAAUGCAUAAUGAAAGCAAAGCCUCAAUCACCCAGCAAUGAAAAACUCCUGCCUCACACAGAGUGAUUUCAAGUCUAAGACCACCUCUGGUGACCUCACCAAGACACGCCAGCUCCUAGAGUGGCUAAAUCCCAGGAGGUCAGACAGAGGCAACAUUUUUAUCAUGUUAUCUUUUAAAGUAUUAAAAACUUUAUUUUCUCAAUUUUAAGCAUACUUUCAGAGUAUUUUUAAGGUGGCUGGUUCCAUUUAAAUUGUUUUUUAUGUUCCCUCUAUUCUGUGAUUCAAGUUUGGGAAGUUACUUAAAUGAAUUUGAAAUGCCUUGUAUCUUAGCGUCAUAUAUUUCCUAUUUGUAAUCAAGAGAAAAGACUGCAUUAAAACAAUAGGGAGCAUUGUUACAGUAGUUCUUAUUGGUGCCUGCGACCACUAAUAUGGUAUUUUGUAUGGACAAAU